GAAUCGCCGGCAUCACUUGAGGAUCUCAACUCUCUUUUAGCGGGGAAAAUAUCCCGGCGGCGACCGGAUAGAUCCGUUUGCUCCCGAUAUUUCCUAUAAAUACCCACACCCGUCACCCCUCCCCUCAUUCUCCCUCUCUAUCUCUCAGCUUCUCGUGGUUCAAAAAGCUUCACAAUCAGGAUUUUAAUUUUCAGGAGAAUGGAAAAGUUGUUCCAAUCCCCAUUCGCCUGAACUCUGUUACAGAUAUUCAGCUGAACUAAGAUAAUUGUACAGGCAUGUCAUUUUUCUACAGCUUCAAUGUUUUUGGCAGCAUGUGCAUGUGCCCAUCUUGCAAUGUUAAGCAUUUGGAAACGAAGUGAGGUCGCCAUCAUUUUGAAGGCCUGAGUGCUGUUCACCUGCGUCAUUGGCAUGUCAUAGGCCUUCUGGUUCAAAAGUGAACCAGGAAGAGCACCACGAAAAUCUUUUCAGCCACAGGUUUAGUUCGUAUGCAUUUGCAUAAGAUAUGGGUUGUCGAGGGAAGCCAUUCCUUGAUCUCAAUGAACCCCCUGCUGAAGAGGAAGAAGAGAGCAGCGUUGUCCUGUGUCCGCAGAAAAUUAUUCCUUCUUCAAACCCUUUACCCCUUGAUUUGUUUGCAUCAUCAGAAGGUCAUCCGAGGAUAGUCAAUAAUCAUGCAUUCUCACAUGCAUCUUCUGUCUCAGGCUUUCAGCCUUUUGUUAGGAUCAAAGCAGUGCAUCGUUCCAAAGCGCAUGUUACACAGAGGGCAGAUGAUUCAAAUAAUGAUGCCUCAUCAUCCGUGGUAGGAAAUAGUGAAGAAAAUAAAGUAACACAGCUGGCGACUUCUGGCACUUCAGGUACUCAAGUGGUUGAAAGAGAAGAAGGGGAAUGGUCUGAUAUGGAGGGUACUGCUGAAGCAGCAUUAGGGAGCAGCGUGAGUGGAAAGCAAGAAGGAAAUGUCAUGGUUAAUGGUGAAUCUGGACUGAAGGAAGGUUCAGAUGAAAGAAAUCUUUUUAGUUCAGGAAAGGCGUCUGCAACUAUUUCUCAUGAUGUUGGGCCAACUGAUAGUAACAAGAAGGAAGUUGUGGAUGUCAUCACGGAUGAGAAUAGUCAUGCAUCUUUGGGAUCAGAGCCGGAUCCAAGUGCUAGUGAUGGCAAAACUUCAGAUGGUAAUAUUAAAGGAGAAGUACCUACAGAUGGGACUGAUGAAUCUUUCAUGAAACAAAAAGAGAUAAAAGGGGUUGAAGCUAGUCAUGCACUUAAGUGUGCGAAUAAUCUUGGAAAGAGGCAUAAGCUUGACCAGCACAAGGAAGCAAUGCUAGGGAAAAAGCGGAACAGACAGACUGUGUUUCUUAAUUUGGAGGAUGUUAAACAAGCUGGCCCUAUUAAGAGUCCUGCCCCGAGGAGGCAAACUUAUUCGUCACCUAUGACCACACGUACAGUGAAGGAAAUUCGUACUAUUCCUGCCCCAGCUGAACGUACUGGAGAAAGGCAAGGGCAGCAGCCUGUAACAAAGGAUCAGAAGCAACCUGAUACAUUCUGCAAUGAAGGAAGUUCUUCCCUGGAGUUUCAUGACCAGAAGUCCGAAUCCGAUGGUGAUAUCAAUCCAGGACUCCAGCCUCGUUCUAAGAAGUUAAACAAUGGGAGUGAUUUUUCUGCAGAAGUAUAUCCACCUCCAAUUCCAAGACAAGGGUCAUGGAAGCCCACAGACUCAAGGCAGCUCAGGAAUCAGCAGCCCACGAAUAGGAAAGUGGCUGUGGCUGGUCAAAACAGGGAAUCUCCAGAUACGAAAACAGUAAUCAAGAAGUAUCCUCCCUCCAAGAAGCAAACUGCGAACAUCACACAAUAUCAAGACACAUCAGUGGAACGUCUUCUCCGGGAAGUGACCAAUGAUAAAUUCUGGCAGCAGACAGAAGAGACAGACCUCCAGUGUGUCCCUGGACGAUUUGAAUCCGUAGAAGAGUAUGUGAGAGUAUUUGAGCCUUUGCUUUUCGAGGAAUGUCGGGCACAACUAUACAGCACUUGGGAGGAGUUCACGGAGAUGGUCUCAAGAGAUGCACAUGUCAUGGUUCGUGUAAAAAGUGUGGAAAGACGAGAAAGAGGAUGGUAUGAUGUGAUAGUUCUGCCGCAGCAUGAAUGCAAAUGGACGUUUAAGGAGGGCGAUGUUGCAAUUCUUUCAACUCCCCGGCCUGGCGCAGCAGCCAGACCUAAGAAGAAUAACAAUCAUGGUUUGAAUGAGGAUGAUGUGGAGUCUGAAGUUACUGGGCGGGUUGCAGGUACUGUUAGGCGACAUUCGCCUAUUGAUACCCGAGAUCCUCUGGGAGCUAUUCUUCAUUUUUAUGUUGGGGAUUCUUGUGAUUCUAAUAGCAAGAUAGACGAUGAUCACAUUUUAAGGAAACUCCAGCCUAAGGGAAUCUGGUAUCUCACUGUGCUUGGAUCUCUUGCAACUACACAACGUGAAUAUAUUGCUUUGCAUGCAUUUCGUCGUCUCAGUUUGCAGAUGCAAAAUGCGAUCCUUAAACCCAGUCCAGAGCAUUUUCCAAAAUAUGAAGAGCAGCCUCCUGCAAUGCCUGAAUGUUUUACACAAAAUUUCACUGAAUACCUGCAUAGAACUUUCAAUGGACCUCAAUUGUCUGCAAUUAAGUGGGCUGCGAUGCAUACAGCUGCUGGUACCAGCAGCGCUGGCAUGACAAAAAGGCAAGAUCCUUGGCCUUUUACUCUGGUUCAAGGCCCUCCGGGAACAGGGAAGACACAUACAGUGUGGGGAAUGCUGAAUGUCAUCCAUCUAGUCCAGUACCAACACUAUUAUGCUGCACUUCUUAAGAAGCUUGCUCCUGAAAGCCAUAAGCAAACGAAUGAGAGCAAUUUCGAGAGUGUCAGCACAGGAUCCAUUGAUGAAGUCUUGCAGAGUAUGGAUAAUAACCUCUUUCGAAUUUUGCCAAAGCUUUGUCCAAAACCUCGAAUGCUUGUAUGCGCUCCAUCGAAUGCAGCCACUGAUGAAUUGCUGGCCCGUGUUCUUGAUCGUGGAUUCAUUGAUGGUGAAAUGAAAGUAUAUCGACCUGAUGUUGCUCGGGUUGGUGUUGAUUCACAAACACGAGCUGCUCAGGCUGUUUCUGUUGAGCGUAGGACUGAACAGCUUUUAGUCAAGGGCCGUGAAGAAAUUAUUGGUUGGAUGCAGCAGUUGAAACUCCAUGAAGCUAAGUUCUCACAGCAAAUAGCCUGUCUUCAGAGGGAACUCAAUGUUGCAGCUGCAGCUGUUCGUUCUCAAGGAUCUGUUGGUGUUGAUCCUGAUGUUCUUGUUGCCCGAGAUCAUAAUCGAGAUGCAUUGCUGCAAAACCUUGCAGCAGCUGUGGAGGGAAGGGAUAAAGUUCUGGUGGAAAUCUCCCGCCUUUGCAUCUUAGAAGGUAGGUUUCGUUCCGGUAGUAGCUUUAACUUGGAGGAAGCUCGCUCAAACCUUGAAGCCAGUUUUGCGAAUGAAGCUGAGAUUGUUUUUACAACAGUCUCGAGCAGUGGUCGUAAGUUAUUUUCUCGCCUCACUCAUGGUUUUGAUAUGGUUGUUAUUGACGAGGCGGCCCAGGCCAGUGAAGUAGCAAUUCUCCCUCCUCUUUCUCUUGGCGCUGCGCGAUGUGUUCUUGUUGGGGAUCCACAGCAGCUUCCUGCAACUGUUAUUAGCAAGGCAGCUGGAACUUUAUUAUACAGUAGAAGUCUUUUCGAGAGGUUCCAACAAGCUGGCUGCCCUACUAUGCUGUUAUCUGUGCAGUACAGGAUGCAUCCUCAAAUCCGUGAUUUCCCGUCUAGGUACUUCUACCAAGGACGUUUGACUGACAGCGAGAGUGUUUCCAAUUUGCCUGAUGAGGUAUACUACAAGGAUCCAUUGUUGAAACCUUAUGUAUUUUUUGAUGUUACUCACGGGCGAGAAUCGCACAGAGGUGGGUCUGUUUCAUAUCAGAAUAUUCAUGAGGCGCAGUUUUGUGUGCGGUUAUAUGAGCAUCUUCAAAAGACUCUGAAGUCCUGUGGCGGGAAAAAGGUGUCUGUUGGCAUAAUUACACCAUACAAACUACAGCUAAAGUGUCUUCAACGGGAAUUUGAGGAGGUUUUAAAUUCGGAAGAAGGUAAGGAGAUAUAUAUCAACACUGUAGAUGCAUUUCAGGGCCAGGAACGUGAUGUCAUAAUCAUGUCCUGUGUCCGUGCAUCAAACCAUGGUGUAGGCUUCGUUGCUGAUAUUCGUCGCAUGAAUGUCGCUCUCACUCGUGCAAGGAGAGCUUUAUGGGUCAUGGGAAAUGCAAAUGCUCUUGUGCAAUCUGAAGACUGGGCCGCGUUGAUUGCUGAUGCCAGGUCAAGGAAGUGUUUUGUAGACAUGAAUUCUAUCCCCAAGGACUUCUUGGUUCCGAAGGCUCCUGCUUAUGCUCCUCUGCUGGGCAAGGCUCCCUCUAACACGAGGGGAAUGAGGAUGCCUGGACCGAGGCACAGACAUUUGGACAUGCUUCCAGAGCCCAAGUCUACAACACAGUCUGAAGAUGACGAGAAGUCGAAUAUGUCGAUUUCAAGGAACGGAAGUUACCGUAAUUUAAAGGCGUAAACAAAGAAUUCCUUGGAUGAUUCGGAACAAACAGGAGAGAGUUUGAAGAUGCCUGGCCAUGCGGGUAUUUGAAAGAGGUGAUAUUCUGCUGGGCUUAGAGAAAACCUUGCUUCAUGACUAGCUAUGCGGGUAUUUCAAAGAGGUGAUAUUCUGCUGGGCUUAAAGAAAACCUUGCUUCAUGACUAGCCAUUUGGUGAUAUCCACAGGUUUUCUCUGCACCUUUGGGGGUUUGAGCAUCAAUUACAAACUACAGCUAGAUUCAUGUUGACAAUAUUUGCUUAUCAGACUUCUUGAAGCAGCCUGCAUGAUGACGGAACAACUAUCAUUUAGCCGUUGCUUGCAGCCUGAUGGUGGGGCUACAAUGCAUUCUUAACCGUGGAUGUUGGCUAGGAUAUAUGAUUGGAACAAGGUUAUGGUGGCCAGGAAUAUAACUGGGCUGAGGAGCUGCCUUCUGUUCUAGAAGAUUGUCAAGAUGUACCUAUAUUGCACAGGUCAUGCACCAAGCUAGCAAAGUUCCCUACUUAUUGGGCCUUGAUUCUCAUGACCUAUUGCAGCUGGCAAUGCAGAAUUUCUGAGUUUGCCACUUGAGAGUCCUGCAUAUGUUGCCAAAUUGGAUAAAUCACCAGGAGCACAUGCAAGACCCAGCCAUCGGAAUCUGCAAGUUAGUCAUGCUACCAGUAACAGGUGUCGUCCUUUCUAUUGCUUGUCUUGUUUGAGCGUCAAGAAAUACUGAAGUGAUUCGUGCAAGGAGAUAUUUAAGAAGUGAAUUGUCAUGGAUGUGCUAGAUCUGGGUUGUACACUGGGUGGGGCCCUGUGUAAACAUGUCUUCCAAAAGCUAAGCUGGUCCAAUCUUCAGGUGCGAUGGCAUGAUUAUGGAGUGUAAGGCCAUUGGUGACUGUCUGACAGCCAUUUUUCUUGUACAAGUGGGUCCGACCUGAUGAGCUGAUUGGCUUGAGGUACACACACACACACACACACACAACAAAAUGAUUGGCCCUGAUUUGCACCUCUUCAGAUUCACCUCUUCAGUCUCUCCUUGCAUGAAUCACUCCUGCUCCCCUCAUAAGCUCAAGCAUUGUAUAUGAAUUGGUAAGCAUUGCCAUCGACUCCAUAACCCACUACAACUGCAGCCUUGGCGACAAUGUUAACCUGGAUUGCAGUACAAGUUUGCUUGGACUCGUUUGCUUCUGAAUGACUUAACUCUGUACAUGCUUAGGAGUUAGGAUGCAUGCAUAGAUGCAUUAGGGAUGAAAGCAAUGUUCAAAAAUCUUUUAAGAUUAUAUAAAUUCUUGGGCUGUCGGAAGUAGAGGGCUGGAUGCGAAUGCAAUCCUCGAAAAGCUAAUCUCAAGUCUGUAGGAUACAGGAUCGUUUCAAAAAAAAAAAAAAACCUCUGUAAGAUACAGGAGAGUAGAAGAAAACUGUAGGGGGAUGUCUGUGGCAUCACUCUUCCGUUGUAUUGUACAUUAGCAUCAUAGUAAUUGAAUUCUUUCUUAUGCCUUCA